UGUCUUUCUACAGUUCUGCAAGUAUUAGCAUUGAUCAUUUGAGCAGGGUGACAGAGUAUUUGAACUUCUAGGGGAAAAAAAAAUAAAGCAAACUUAAGUGUAUCAGAACAUAGUAUUUAAACCCAAAGAGGACACAAUUUUAAAGGGCCUUGUCACACAAAGCCUGUUGUUUUUGUUAGAUCAUGGUGUGUCCUCUGUGUGGUUUGAGUCCCUCCCAGCAAUGAUAACCUUAUCAUAGAAGUUUGUUGGUUUUUAUGUUUUUCCUUAAAAUAACAUUCCUGUGUUUAUUAUAAUUCUGAGUAAUCUCAACUAUUUAAACUUGUUUGACAGUGAAGAUAAGUUCUGAGAAUGAGGGACAGAGUGAGAGUUUAAAAAAAAAAAAAAAAAAAAACAGUAUGAGAACUAAGUAGAAAGCUCCUGGCAUACCAUUUAAACUGCUAUUUUCCAGUGACUGGCUUACCUGGUAUGUGAAAUGAUCUACUCUUGUCUCUUCGGUGGCUUCAUUAAGUAUUCAUGCUACUGUUCAUAGCCUGUUUCUAAGCAUGGGAGGGAAGCAAGAAUAUCCUUCUCAUUUCAAGGCAAAUAUUUAAUGACAACGGAUAUGAAACCAGGAGAACUGGCAAUCAUUAAGCACAGCUUACUGUUUACAGAAGAAAAUUACUAACUUUAAAGAACUGUACAGAUCCAUACCUGUCAUUUUCUGAGCCAUUGUGGGUAAGCAUAUACAUUACUCAUACACAGAUAAGAAGCCAAAACAAUCAUUGCAGAGUGCAAAAAAAUUUUACUCCUGUCUUUUCAGAGAUCAAUUUCAAACUGCAGUCUCAGAAAAAGAAGUAGAAGAUGAACUUUGCUUGCAUUCAACCCUGUCAUGUAUUGAAACAAACCCUCUUAAAAUGCAUAGGUACAUAAAAACUCCCAGGUACUAAAAAUGUGCAAGCCAUCUGAAAAGUUCUUCAGGACAUGUUUUGCUCCUAAUGCUUACUAAUUCGUUAGUCAUACAACUAUUACAGUAAUAGUAGUUAUACAUACCAUUUCCCUGUAUUAACACCAAACAGAAGAUGGGCGUGAACUACCUUAAAUUUUUGUAUUGUUUCCCAAACAUGAAGAAGUCUCAGGGCUGGUUAUUACUGCUUUUAAUUCUGACCCACUAUUUGCUGUACAUUUAUUUUUCUUCUACGGCAAGAACUUCUGCUAUACUUUCUUGUCCAUUACUGGAAAACAGACACCUAUUCCUAAAACCCACUAUAUAUCCUUUUGCCACCAAAAUUUCCAGGUCCAUGGUAACAGAACUACACCUACAAAAACAGACACAAGAAAUCUUGUAAAACUCAGGCUAACAUAUCUAUUAAAAAAAAGCACAAGUCUUCAGCAGUUGAACAUCGAUAUGGCUGCUCACGUGCAUGUCUUAGCAUUACUUUACUGUUGCAAAAGGUGGGGAAACAGCUAGCACCGUUUAUUCAAAUAAGAGCGGGCAGAAAAAUGCACAUAAGGCUGAGGCUUGUAAAAAGAAACUGCAGACUUUUUUUGUGUGUGCUUGUUUACACCCAGGGAACAUUUAAACUCUUUUUAAAAGCUGUUAAUGAAAGAUUGUUCAACUAGCCGUCUUUUAAAUUCCAGUGUAACAGUCCUUGACCAUGAGACAAGAAAGUGCAGCCUUAGCAUAAGUAAUGAAAAAUAAAGGCUAAAAUUGUUGCACACUGUACAAGCUUCCACUCUGAAAGUCAAAUCCUCCAAACUUGAGAGGCUGGCAAAGCUACAUUUUGCAGCUGUACCUACUGUCUGCCCCUUCCCAUUCAUUAACACAGCACAAGCUAUUUGCUAUCAGGAUUGCCUAAAAAGAAAAUAAUAAUAAUGAUUUAAAAGAAAAAUCCCUUUUAAGGAAGCAUUUCACGAAAGAGAAGUCCUGCUGUUCUGCAUGCCCAUUCCAUUCCCUUGAAGGAACGGCACAGUUUCAUGCAUUGUCCUUAUCCUUUCCCUUCUCUUCUGCACCAGUUGUUGGCCAAAAAUAACCACCAUUCCACAACCAUAUAUGUGCAACAGCCUUCUAGUGAUUCUGAGCCCCUCUCCAGCACUGCCGUUAUUCCACAAGGCCAGGAAACUGUCUGCUUCCUAAAAUACUCUGUGAAGGGCUAUGCAUAUAACACAGCUGAAUCGGGAAUGCCUUUUACAUCUAUUUUCUUUUCUGGACAAAAACAGCAGGAAAAAUUUAGCAAAAACAUGUCACAAACUGCUAGAAGUGUUUCAAGAUCCUAUACUUUGGUCUUUAUUGAAUUUUAAUUCUCCAGCGGAACUAAAGAAGCACAACUUUCUCCUGGGACCUGCCUUAAAAUACUUAUCCAUCUGCUGGCAUUCAGAGAGAGUCAAGGUGUGUAACGUUGAGGACUGGAUGAAAAACAAUUUCCAGAAAGACUUCUGUAACAGGCAUGAAAACACUGUCACUGAUUUUUUGCUAGAAGUUGGCAACAGAUGUCCAAACCUGCUAUCUCUGACCCUCUCUGGAUGUGGCCAUGUUACGGAUGAUUGCCUCUUGCUUCUUCUCAGGAACUGCCCAAGCCUCAAGACACUCAAACUGGAAAACUGUGUGAGGAUCACUGACCAGACAUUGGAAGCAGUGACCCUCUAUGGGAGAUCACUGGAAACACUCCAUGUGGAUUUCUGCCGGAACAUAACACAAACUGGUCUAGAGAAAGUCAGGGAAAAGUGUCCUUCAGUAAUGCUGAGGGCAGAGAGAAGUGCUAACAUGAUUCCAGACAGUAAACCAGAAAAAAAGUUCACACAUGAAAAAUCAUCAAGAAAACUGGUUCAGCUUUAAGUGCAACAAACUAUAAAAACUCAGUCAAUGUGGAUAGUUUAUUUCUACUUACCUCCGGGAUAGCAUUGCUUCAAUUAACUGUAGCUACUUUAAUGCAUUCUGGUUUAAGUCCAAACACGUGGUUGGUAUGUUUUGUAAAGGCUGCAUUGGGAAAAGGCGUGAAUUUUCACCAGGACCAUCUUAUGAAAAAACACCUUUUGUUUUCUGUUUUUUUCUCAAACUGGAAAAAUCAUGUGCUUAUAUCAUAUAAUGCAGUACUUGAUAAAGUCUAAAAACUUUGGUUCUGUUACCUUCUUGUAACAGGGAAAGGCGUAAAGCUGCAGCAAAUACUGUAUGAUUUACACAAAUUUCAGGGAAAGAGUGAUUAAUCAAUUUCUGUUAAAGGCUUUAUAACACAUAUAACACAUUCUACUAGUGAAGAGUGAUAACCGUGACAUCUAAGGUCCCUUCUAGCAAGCAGAUCAGCAUACCUGACAACUGUCACUUCCUCGGUGAUUAAUAUUUGUGGCUGAUUUGUCAGGUGUAUUUAUUAACAGAGGGUAUGCAUGGCAACCUGUACAAACCUGUUUGACCCUGUGCACAAUAUACUUUGACAAAAUAACCAAGGUUUUUUUUUUUUGUUUUUUUUUUUAAGUUGACAUUAAAGGAAUUCUGAUGUGAAAAGCUGGUUUACAGAACAAACCUGUAGGAAAAGACAGUGACGUACAAUUAUAAAGCUGUAAAUUACAGAGCUUUAAACGCUAAAUUAGCAACACACUACACCAGGGAUCUGUAUAAACACUUGUGGUCUCAGUGCAAAGCAAAAGGAA